GUCACUUUUGCUCACUGCGCAAAACCGGAAGAGGAUGCUGGGAAUUGUCAAAAAAGUUUCAAAGUUCAAAAUUUUCUUAUUAUUCGAGUUUGGGACGAUUUUACUUCAACUAUAGCUGCAAAUGCAACUACAAUGCCACAAGAAGACGCCGUUAGAGAUGCGAUUGUAAUUGGUGCAGGAAUAUCUGGAUUAGCGACAGGAAAAUGGCUAAGAGAAGCAGGCUUCAAUGUGAAAAUUUUAGAAAAAUCGAGCAGAGCCGGUGGGUUAUGGGCAUACACUGACCAUGGAUAUGGUGUCAUGAAAUUUACCCAUAUAAAUGUCUCCAAGCAGAACUACUGUUUCUCUGAUUACUCCUUUCCCGAUGAUGCCACAGAUUUUCCGCAUAAUACCGAGAUGAGGGAUUAUAUAUACGGCUAUGUGAAGCACUUUAAACUAAAUGAAAUUAUAGAAUACAACACACAAGUUGAGAAACUUGAAAGAAAAGGAAAUGAGUGGCAAGUAACUAUAACCACGGUAUCAGAGGAUGAACAAAACAGAAUAAUCCCUGUAGGGGAGCCUACAGUGAUUGUUGCUAAGUAUGUUGCCAUAGCAACUGGGCAUCAUGCAAAACCAACAUGGGCAAAGUUCCCCGGAGAAGAGUCAUUUACAGGGUCCAUAAUGCACAGUGUUACCUACAAAGACGCAGAGUUCAACAAGCUAUCAGAGAAACGUGUUGUAGUAGUUGGGAUUGGGAACAGCGCGGUGGAUGCUGUUUGUAACUUAGUUGAAGUAGGCAGAUGCAAACCUGUGUACCUGAGUACCAGGUCAGGUGCCUGGUUAGUCCCGAACUAUAUCUUUGGUUGCCCCACAGAUCACUACGCCAACCGUCUUUUCUUAAACCUACCCUGGCAGCUUGCGACACGCAUCUUCGAGGCAGUUAUUACACUGGUCAAUGGAGGACCAUUUGCGCUUGGCUUGAACCCUAAGAUGAGAGCUUUACAGACACAACCAACAGUAAGCCCUACACUAGCACAUCAUAUCCAACGUGGGGAGGUCAAGAUCAUGCCCAAUAUCAAGAAAAUCCAGGGUUCAAGUGUACAUUUCACCAAUGAUGAAGUAGUGAAAGAUGUUGACCAAUUGAUAUAUUGUACAGGGUAUAAGAUAGACCUACCAUAUCUUAGUGAUGACAUCAGAGCUGAUCUCCUUGACGAUGCUACCAAUGAGAUAUCACUCUUCAAGAAUGUAUUUGCUCCAAAGAUCGGCCCAACACUUGCGUUCAUUGGAUUUGUGCAGCCAGCCUCUGGUGGCGUACUUUCUAUGUCUGAGAUGCAAGCUCGCUGGUUCGUGGAGUUAUGUAAGAAGACUGUGACGCUACCUAACCAAUCAGAAAUGAAUGAGAUUAUAGAUUCGGAUUUGAACAAGACUAGAGACAGAUACUUCCACAGUGCCAGGCAUACAAUCCAGAAAGACCCAAUAAUGUACUGUGAUGAAAUUGCAGAUUUUAUAGGUGCCAAACCCUCAUAUCUGAAGCAUCCUGAUUUAGCAUGGAGGCUCCUUCUAGGAACAAAUGGUCCUGCCCAGUACAGGUUAGAUGGUCCCAAUCCUUGGAAGGACGCAUCUAAAACAGUGAAGAAAGUCCCCCUUACUGGCCUCAUGAACUAUUCUGGGAUUUUGGUCCUGUUCUUAUUUGUGAUUUUAUUGAUCAAUAUUUACUGGACAAUUUAUGACCUUCUGGGUUUCUAGUCAUGUUUGAGGAACAAAUAGGAAUGAGAGGAAUAAAAUCAAAAAUAGAUAGGAAAAUAGACAAAAGUAUGAAGGAAAGGGUCAGAAUGGAAAGGAAUACAGUCAGACAUAUAAAAUAAUCAAAAAAGAAAAGACAUUAAGAAACAAAGUAGAAAGAAAUAUUAAAAAUAGAAAGAAAAAUAGACAGAAAUAGAAAGGAAUGGUCAGAAUGGUAAGGAAUUCAGCCAGACAAAGAAUAAAAUCAAAAAGAAAUAAAGGAAAAGAGACAAAAUGUAGAAAGAAAUAUUUAAAUGGAGAAAGGAAAAGAGACAACAAUAGAAACAGUCAAAAUGGAAAGGAAUUGUCAAAGUAGGAUGAAAUAUUAUCAGAAAUAUUGUAACAAGAGAAUUGACAAGUUAGAUUUCAUCCUGCAAUUUAUCACAUGUUGGUUGUAAGAGUAAAUGACUUUAUACAUUUAUGAAAAAUUCUUGCCUCGCCAUUUCCUGUGAAUUUAAACUAGAACCUCCAUGACAUGGAACACUUCCCAGGUGGAAAAGCUUUUAAAAGUCCUGUGACGCAUGAUUUAAUCAUAUUGAACCUCCGUUAGUGGAAUUCCUUUUUGUUGUCUCAACAAUGUUCUACUUCCAAGUUUAACUGUAUUAGGAAUUUGCUGGAUUGAAAUGAUAGUGUGUAUUUACUAUCUGCUCUAAAGUGUACUUAUAGAUGACCUGGUUCUCUUUAGUAGUUUUCUAAAUCUUGUGUAAUUUUUUUCAUGAGUAAUUACCUGAUCCUGUGUAAUUUGUAUAAAUAUUCAUGUGUAAGGUGAAACCUGUAAAGUGGAACAC